GCUCGAGGUGCUUUUGUGUUGUUAAUUUCGCCUGAGUGUGCUUACUGUGAUGGCGCAAUUUUCGAAAGACGCGGUAUGGUAUCGUUCGCCCGCGAUACACUUCAGUCGCGUUUGUGGCUGCACGCGAUUUGACGUAUUCUGCGCGCUGUGAUGUCACUUGUCAGCUUAUUUUAUGAAAUGUCAAACGUUUUACAUGUAAUUCGCGAGUGAAUGAUAAACAAAUUGACAGUGAAAUUAUUGUUCAUGAAGUGAUAUUAUUAACUGAGUGACAUGGACUGUUAUUAUUCGAAAUUUUACCCGAGGCGUAAGUGACAAAUGGAAAGUUUACACCGGUGAAAGAUACACCGAUGAUGCACCCGGCAGGAUACUACGCUAAUCUUGCGAGCGGUGCGCUCGCAGCCGGCACCAUUGCGUCUCCAUGGAGCACGCCGGCCGGCGCGCCCGACACCAACGGCUCGGGCGGCGCCGAUGCCAAACACCUGGAUGUCGGCGAUGCGAGCGACGACGAGAAGGACUUGUCGGCGGCGGACGCGGAAGGAGUAUGGAGUCCGGACAUCGAACAGAGCUUCCAAGAGGCGCUGGCGAUCUACCCUCCCUGCGGCCGGCGCAAGAUCAUCCUCUCCGAUGAGGGCAAGAUGUACGGAAGGAACGAGCUUAUAGCGAGGUAUAUAAAACUAAGGACAGGCAAGACCCGCACGAGGAAACAAGUCUCCUCGCACAUACAGGUGCUAGCUAGGAGAAAACUAAGGGAAAUACAGGCCAAACUCAAAGUGGACGGGGGUAUGAUGAAAGAGAAAGCCAUGCAGUCGAUGAGCACGCUGUCGAGCGCGCAGAUAGUGGCGGGCCUGCCGCACCCGGCCUACCACCACACGCAAUUCUGGCAACCGGGCUUACAAGCUGGGACAUCACAAGAUGUCAAGCCGUUCCCCGGUGCAGGCUACAAAGGAGUCCCAGGAGUGGGAGGAGUGGGAGUGCCUGGAGGGACAGACGUGGCGCCGCCACCUCCCUGGGAAGGCCGAGCUAUUGCUACCCACAAACUGAGGCUAGUCGAGUUCUCGGCGUUUGUGGAGCACCCGAGGGACCCUGACACGUAUCCCCCGAGCGCAGCGCCGGCGCAGCAUUUGUUCGUUCAUAUAGGUGGUACAGUCACAUACGCGGAUCCUUUACUAGAGUCCGUAGACGUCCAACAAAUAAACGAUAAGUUCCCGGAGAAGAAAGGAGGCCUCAAAGAACUUUACGAGAAGGGUCCAAGGAACGCGUUCUUCCUCGUCAAGUUCUGGGCGGACCUCAACACAAGCAAUCUGGACGACCCCGGUGCCUUUUAUGGGGUUACUAGUGUAUACGAAAGCAACGAGAACAUGACGAUAACGUGCAGCACCAAAGUGUGUUCGUUCGGGAAACAAGUUGUAGAGAAGGUGGAAACGGAAUACGCUCGGUUCGAGAGCGGGCGAUUCGUGUACCGCAUCCACCGGUCGCCGAUGUGCGAGUACAUGGUCAACUUCAUACACAAGCUCAAGCACCUGCCCGAAAAGUACAUGAUGAACAGUGUGCUCGAAAACUUCACUAUACUACAGGUGGUAUCAAAUAGAGACACACAAGAGACAUUACUGUGCGCGGCAUUUGUGUUCGAAGUGUCAAACAGUGAGCAUGGCGCACAGCACCAUAUCUACCGGCUCGUCAAAGACUGAAGCGUCCGAACGCGUGCGCAUAUGAGUUAAGUGUACUAGAGCAGUCAUGCCGAACGGUGUCCCUGAGUCGGUCACGUGGAUAGCUGAAGGCGACACGACAUAGAGCGUGCAUUUGCAAAUCCAUUAGGCUUCUUGUACAUGCCAAGUAAUUUCACCGUAUCUGCCUACAAGACAAGAAUUUCGUCGGACCUAGCUACGAAAAGUCACACAGUGCGCGUACCUACACCGCGUGUCGUAUCUAGCGAAGACAAGAAUUACAUCUUGGUCAGUGCCGGAGUAAUAUACACGGUUCGUGUGUAGAAACGACACGAAUUCCUGCGUAGGCCUGGCGACUUUUCUUAGCGUGAACAAGCGGCCUUAGGUGUCCAAAGUUAAGCUCAUAAAUCUUGUGACAUUUGGUGACCUUAGAGCUUUAAUGAACUAACUGACAUUUCAAUGGGACAUAAUAGAAGCUGACUUGUGACGAAACAGGUGACAAAGAUGACAAUUUUAUUUGUAUCAAUAUGGCUUAUCUUCGCCAUUUAUGGUAACUAUUAGCCCAAAAAUAAGAUGAAAAAGUGUACUUUAAAAAUACUCAAUGUAUGUCUGUUUAUUGUUAGACCUAGCUGAGUCAAACGCCUAGCUGUAUAAGACUUCAAUGUUGAUUGGGAAAUAAAAACAAUUUAAAAAAAAUGCACUUUCUAUGUCAUGUUGUCUCACUCAAACAGUUGCAAUACGCGUAAUUCCAGGCAAACACUCGAUUUGGAAUGUCUGUUCUGUACGUAGUACAUAAAUACAAUGCUCAUCGAAGAAAAAAUGCUUUUACAUGAAUGUGUUAUCUAAAUUCAGUGCUAUUCCGUCACCAGUAAAGAUGGUAUUUCAAGAGUUCAUAACAAUCCAAAAAUAUCGGUAGAUACGAGUGAUGUGGUUUUAUGUAGUUAUUGUCAAGUCGUUUCAUCGGUGACAGUUACUUAUGUUUGUUCGUUGGCUGUAUUAGAUCUAAAAAUAACAACCGGUCAUUAUUUUUAGCCAUAAGGCGUUUCAAAUUCUUGCCAUUCUCUUUUUCUUUCUCUCUUCUUUCCUUCUUAAUCGUUCCAUUUCUUGAUUCUGCCUUUCUUGUGGCAAUUUCGAUCUUAAGUUUAAACAUGUAGCACAUUAGUUUCAUAUAUUAUAACCUUCCUUUUCAUCUUUUUGUGCUCAUUACAUUUUAGCUAUUGCCCCAGCCGUUACUGUUACUGUUUCUUUGACGCGAUAUUUUCUUUCUUUUUUUCUCUCUUUCAUGUUAAUUUAUCAGGCGACAUUAACAUUACUGCACCAUCCUCGAUAUUACAUUGAUAAAUUCAGACCAUGAGUGUGCAAUAAUAUAGUACGUACUCGUAGAACAGCAGUAUGUAGAGUCGCAAUGCUAAAAACUCCUUCCAUCUGCUCAUAAAGCCUUAAAGAGAAAAUUUCUAUAUUCUACCUACACUAUGUUUUGUCUUGUGCUUCCUACUUCAUAUUUUUCUGGUUUUCAUAUUCCCAUAUUAUAAUACUCGACUUAAUCUGGUAUAAAUCAAAGAACUCUAUCUACCACUUUCUUCAUUAAAUCAAAAAAUAUUUUAAUGUGAACAUAACAUAGCAAAUUGUGAUCUGAAAAUUACGCUACAAGUAUUUUUAUAACUGAAUGUUUAUUGUAUAGCUCAAUUUUUAAUAUCUCUAUUAUAAUUUAAAACUGUUUUCUGUAUUAUCUUCAUUAUUACUGUUCACUGUAUAUAAAAUUUAAAUAACCACUCACGUGGUCCAGACGAGAUUGUUAUUUCGGUAAAAGAAAUAAGAGUAACAAUAAUAUUUUACAUAAUUCUUAAUGCUAAAUAACGUUCGGUAUAGUUGUGUAAAAUAAUGUCAAAUAAGAUGAUAUAGAAUUGAAUACACACAGUGCCUCUAUAAUUAUGUUACAUUAACAUAAAUUACUUGAGCAGUUUAAUCUUUUCACUGGUUUGAGCUAAGAGAAGAUAGUAAAGUAUAAGAGAUAAAAUAAAUAGCAGUGAAAAGGUUAAAAUUUUAGUGUAGGGUCCUUGAAUCAUGCGUAGGUUUAAAUGUAGAGUAUUAAGGUAUGUCUAAAACCGCCACAUUUCGCCCAACUCGUGGUGGGUUGAUCAUUAUUUCAGUUUCUCGUCAAAUCAAAGUGUAAAUACUUCAGUCUAACGUUUUACUUUUGUUAUCUAAACGCACUCAUAUGCUUCUUACGUUAACUACCUACUUAUUUUAACGUCUUGUUAGGUCGUAAGACACUUCUGUUCUUAGUAUGAUUUGCCAGAUAGUCGUACUGAUAACAGUCUUUGCCACAAUAACUAUUCAAAUUGUACCUACAUGUAUAUAAUAUUCGUAUGUACCUACGUUAAAGUGUUCAUGUGUUCACAUGGUCUGCCAGUUAGGGUCUGUACUAAAUUGUAUCAUACGAGAGAAUAGACGUUCGGUCACAUGUUAAAAUGUAAGAGUUAUUGUACCGUUCUUUUUCUUGUCCCCAUUGAUUUGUAACACCUAUGACACUAUUCUUCUAGGCAGCUAUUUUCUUAGGUGUUCAAAAAACAAGGUGAUAUCGGUUGUAAGUAUUUAAUCUACGUUGACGAUCUCUUUUGAUCGAUUUUAAAUUAAUUAAGAUUCUGUUAUGAUACAAGUGUUGUGAUUAAAUUAUUCUCAUGGCCGGUAUAAGAUUACCUGGCUCUUAUAAUAAUAUACCCGACGUCACCUUGUUAAAAAACUCGGCGUGUAAUAAUUUUCAUCUAAACCGGGACUUGUAAACUCCGGGAUAUUUAAACUCAACCUUAUGUCUAUUUAUUUUGGAACGGCUAAAAAUGAUUUAUCUAACUAUAAUGAUAAUACAGACAUCGUAUUUGAGUUGCCUAUAAAUCACUAUUUAAAAUAUGAAAAAAUUACUGAAUAUUAAUAAUUCGAAUUUCUUAGACAUUUGAAGCCUUUUCAAAAUGGAUAGACUUUGUACCUACUAUAUCACCGCGGCUCUUUCAAGUUUCAAAGUACAAAGGGGUAUUGCUCGCUAGCCAGCCGGUCGAUACAAUAAGUUUAUGUGGCAAUGAUUUGAUCUCUCUUUUAGUCAAAUAUUAUAAGGGUCCUCCCGUCGGCGCGGUCACGCGCACAUAUUAUUAUUUUUAAUCAGUUAAGUUUAUGUGCAUUACAUAGUAUUUAGUUUCAAGACAUGAGGUAGGAAAAUAUUAUCUUAGAUAAUAAUAAGAGAUUUUUGUAUUUAUUUGAUAGAGUUAUAUUAGGUAAAUUGUAAAGUGAAUAGCUUUAAGUUUUUUUGUUUUAUGGCGAUGGUCGUUCAGAAAUUGUAGGUAAUGUUGUCACGUACCUAGUACUUAAGCAAGCGAUUGAACUUAAUUUCUUUGUAACAGAUAGUUUGACUGUUCUUGUACUUCAUUCAUGGACCAAUAAUAAAAGUAGAGUUUAGUGCUAUAUUUUUCUUCCUUCUGCUAUUAAUGCUUAAUAUUUUCCAAAAUAAAAUGUUAUCUACACAUUUAGAUAAAGAUGGUCAAAUGUUCUGUUACAUUUUUCUAAUUUGUUUUCUGAAGGAUAUUAAAUCGACACAACUUUUAUCAUUGUGUACGGAAAUUCGUGAAAAAAACAAGCAAAAAGAUCUGCUUACUUAGUUGUGAUUUUUACUUUUAUUAUAAUUAUGUACUCAAGGGAGAUUAACUCGAUAAUAAUAAAUCCUUUUGCUAGAAUAGUAUAAACGGAAUUGUUUGAAAAGCCUACGGCGUUAUGCAAUAAUAUAAAGGUCGUGUCAUGUAAAUAAAUUAUACUUUAGUGCAUUUUUCAGUUGUUAGUAGAUACUUUAAGCGAUUUUUGCUUCUAUAAAGUUUUUCAUAUCGACAAUCUGCCAUAUCAAAAUGAAAAUAUUAAAGAUUUAGUCGGCGGAUUUGGAGACAAUCAUUUGCCUAUUUUCUUCAGAUACGACGAGUGUAUUACUUUUGUUACUACCUACAGCAAAUGAUUUGCUGCAAAACCAGCCGACAUUGUACAGUAUUUUAAAGAUAAUAUUACGUUAAAAUUUGUAUGAAAAUUUAAUUAUAUUGUCUUCUUAAA